AUGCUACGCAAACAUUACAUUGAACUCCGUCUAUGCACUGACAAUUGGAAAGCUAUGAAAUUAAUGAUCGUCAACUAUUCCCAAUGGUACAACUACCACGUUGUGAAGAAACAAACUAGCGGUCAUGUCAAGUCCGAAGACAUAGAGACUGCCGACAAUGACAACAACAACAACAAGUCCCUACUGGCUUCAACACCUGCUGCUACCCCUCCUUCUUCCUCACCAUCUGCGACACCUGCUGUUACCCCCCCUUCCUCAUCUUCUUCAAUGCCUGCGGUUACCUCUCCUUCCUCAUCUUCAGCUUCUCAGAAACGAGUUAACAUUGAUAUUGACCCUGUCGCAGAACCAGCAUUGAAAAGACAACGAGUUGAAGUGGAAGAACGUGAACCAACCCCACCUCCCCGUACCGACAAAGGAAAAGAGAAGGAAGUGAUUACUGUGGAGGUCAACAAUCCUCUUUCUAAUCUUGUCUUCAAACCUCGCCCCAAGCCAAUCCCAAAGAAAGCUCCUGCCUCCAUCGACUCUGCCACUUCUGGAACCACUAGCGCCGAGCCGACUAUCAUCACCCCUCCAUCCAACGACCCAUCGGAUACCAAUGCAGCUUCCCUCGCUGUCAAGAUGGAACUCCUGGUAGCAACCCCCACGGAGCCCACUCCCAGUGCAAUCAACUCGAAGGCCCAACCUGCAAAGAAGCGUCAGCCGAGCACAAAGCCCAUGCGUGUGAGCUCGAAGAUCACGGCACGGAAUCUUUGUGCCCUCGAAUGGCAAUCGAACAGCCAUCAGAAAGAACCGGCAAGUGUCUUUGCAACCUACUGGAACGGUCUAUCGAAGACUGACAAAGAGGUAUACAAGCACAAAGCGGCUCUACAGCUCGGCUCGGCUGGACCAACCAAAAGGAACGGCGCCGGCGAUGAUACAGACGAGGAGUAG